AUGAAGGAAGCAAGGUUGAGGUGGUUUGGGUAUGUGAAGAGGAGGUGCGGGGAUGCACCAGUGAGGAGGUGUGAGAGGCUUAUCUUGUUAUUGACUAUAUUUGCAGAAUUACCUCAGUAUCUUUUUAAAGGGGGAUUUUUCCGUGAUGGCGGUAUCAUUGGUAUAACUCAACCUAGACGUGUGGCUGCUAUCACUGUUGCUAAACGUGUUGCUGAGGAGUGUGGAGUUUCGUUGGGCCAAAAGUUUGGAUAUGCUAUUAGAUUUGAAGAUGUAACUUCUGCCCUAACAAAGAUCAAAUAUAUGACAGAUGGUUUGCUUCUGAGGGAAGCAUUAUUGGAUUCAUACCUCUCCAAGUAUUCUGCUAUUAUUUUUGAUGAGGCGCACGUGCGAACUAUCCACACUGAUGUAUUGCUUGGCUUGUUAAAGAAUGUACAGAAAGCAAGGUCAAAGCGUAUUAACGAAGUGGUAAAUACUGAUCAUAAUUAUUCUAAUAACAGGCAGGCCUUGGAGGGCAGGAUCGACAAUAAGAAAAAGUACAACCCAUUGAAGUUAAUUAUCAUGUCUGCCAGUCUGGAUGCACGCGUUUUCUCAGAAUACUUUGGUGGUGCAAAAGCUGUUCAUGUUCAGGGACGUCAGUUUCCUGUCGAUAUAUUCGACACGCCUAAAUCUGAGACAGAUUGCUUAGAUCCAGCUCUGAUAACUAUAUUUCAGAUACAUCUAGAGGAGGGUCCUGGAGAUAUACUUGUAUUCCUUACUGGCCAAGAAGAGAUUGAAUCCGUUGAGAGGCUCAUCCAUGAAUGCCUCCGACAAUUACCUGAAUGCAAUAGAAAGCUUUUAACCUUUCCCAUAUUCUCAUCACUUCCCUCUGAGAAGCAAAUGAAGGUUUUCAUGCCUUUACCAGCAGGAUAUCGUAAGGUGAUACUGGCGACAAAUAUUGCUGAGACAUCGGUGACAAUACCUGGGAUUAAGUAUGUUGUUGAUCCUGGACUGGUGAAAGCACGAACUUAUGAUCCUAAGAUGGGGGUUGAUUCAUUGAUCAUUGUCACAACAUCUAAAGCUAAAGCUCUGCAAAGGAGAUAUCUGUCAAAGGGCCUAAAGAAUAUUGAUGGGAUCAGCAUAGGAAAAAGAAGGAUUCUCAAGGCUCUAGGCAUUGAUGAUAUCAUUAACUUUGACUUCAUUGAAAAACUAGACAGGCUACCCCUUGAUCCAAUCUACUCUAAGGCUCCUAUUGUUGCUAGUCAACUCGGCUGCUUGAAAGAAAUGUUGAUCUGUGUUGCAAUGCUUCUAGUGGAAUCUAUUUUCUAUGCUCCACGUGAGAAGUUGGAAGAGUCACGAAAUGCAUUGAAAAGCUUUGCAAGUCCACAGGGGGAUCAUUUGAUGUUGCUUAAUGUAUACCGCGCUGCUGAUGAGUUCUUUCUGAAAAAACAAGAUGGUAAAUAUCAAAUUCUGAGGAAUGUUGAACAAAUGGGUCUUCGUAUCACUUCUUGUGAAGAUGACACAGUUCUCCUCCGUAGAUGCCUUGCUGCCUCGUGUUUCCUUAAAGCAGCUAUGAAGCUGCCUUAUGGUGCAUACAGGUGGUCACCAUUCCCCAAAGUUUCAAAUGUGAUUCAUGUCCUUGCAAGACAUAGACAUCCUGGAUUGAUGAACAUGGUUAGAAAAGUGACAAUGUCGAUGUCUGAAUUAGGUAAGGUUCCAAUUACAAGAAAAGUGAGUCAUCCAUUCACAAUGAAUGAAGUUCAAAGGUUCAUAAGUCUAAUCGUGUAG